AUGGACAAUACGCAUCACUUCGGUAGCGGUUUUGCAGUUCAUAGGAUAUUUGAACCGUGCAUUAAAGAAUUUAAUCCAGUAUCCGAACGGAUAUCGACAUUAACCAUCAACACUAGCCCAAUUAAUAUUUGUUUAAUAAAUGGUCAUGCACCAACAGAAGUAAAAGAUGACAAUGCGAAAGACAUCUUCUACGACGAACUGACUGAAACAUAUGAGAGUAUUACUGGGAACGUGAUAAAGAUUGUAUUAGGUGACUUCAAUGCAAAAUGUGGACGGGAACCACAGUACUUCCCUUGUAUAGGGAAGGAAAGUUUGCAUAGUAACAGCAACGACAAUGGUCAACGAUUGAUAGCGUUUGCAAUAUCAAAUGGGUUGACUGUUAGUAGUACCACGUUCCCACAUAAAAAUAUUCAUAAAGUCACGUGGAGAUCACCGGAUGCCAAAACCCUGAACCAAAUAGAUCACGUCCUCAUACAAACUAGAUAUCGUAGUACCAUUCACGACGUAAGAAGUCAUAGAGGCGCCGAUUGUGACACGGAUCACUACUUGGUGAUCGCCAAACUUAGAUCAAAGCUAAAAAGCCAAUCGAGAUUAAAACAAGGCAAAAGAGCUAAAUUGAACCUAGAGUUACUUAAAGAUGAAAACGUCAGAAAAAACUAUGAGAACGAAGUCAUGAAGAAUCUUAAAGAGAAUAAUGUACAAAUGGACGUAGACCUGGAUUGGGAAAAAGUGAGUAAUGCUGUCAAAAAAGCAGCGGCCACUAGCAUUGGUGAGCUAAAGAGAUCAAAAAAUACAUGGAAUAAUGAUGUAUGUAGAAUUGUUGUAGACAAACGCCGUAAAGCGAUAGAUAACUUUAUUAAGCACAACUCUCAAAUAACUAAAGAAGUUUACAUUCCGGAACGUAAAAUCUGCCAAGGCACCCUUCAAAGGGAAAAAAGAAAAUUCUUUAGCAACAUACUUCAAAUCGCAGAGAAGGACCAUACACAAGAACUAGAAGUUUUUUUAGAAUCGUUAAACAGUAUAAGCAAUUCAACCCUAUAUGGAUUGCAAUCAGAGACCAAGACGGACAAAUGUUAA